GAAAGAAAAAAAAAACUAAACCCUCCAGCCGGCAUGGACGCUGAGAGAUUCUAGGAGCUCAAGGGUGAAAAAGUAACUUUUCCAAGCUCACUCUUCCACCACUUACAAGAGGAUCUGCUGAGGGGGCCGUCAGCUGGUCAAGCCGCUCGCCGGAAACCCAGCCUCUCCCUUGCUUACACUGCCUGCAAGUUGCAUGACUAGCUGUGCUGACGGGGAGUGCCUAGAGAUCUAGAUAAGUGUUUUAUGAUUAGCCUUAAACGACAUACCAGAGGAAGGGACGUCUGGCACAAACAGUCGAAGGCUAGCUCUUUCUGUCCUUGGCUCUUCUAGGCUGCUGCUCCCACUGUUGAGACGUUUGUAAGCUGGUUGGGACUGUUUGAUGUUGGUGCAGAGGGUCUCUCUCUGUGCUUUCAGGACUCCCCCCUCCACUCCCUUGGGGAGAGAACCAACCUGGUGAGAUCGCCAGAGAAUCAGUGGACACUGUGCAGAGACAUCAGCAGGAAGGAGGCGUGUGUGGGCUGCAGCUGACAACCUGGAAUUUGGGCGCAGGGAAGGAGGGAGCUCUGCAGGCAGAGAGGCAGCCGGAAUCUUGUGUGGUGCUUGAGGCAUACAACAACCUGCAGAGCCCCUCUCUCGUCCGCCUCACCACCACUACCUCUCACCUUCCACCAACCUGGCGUGCACCGAACAGGCUAGGAUGUUGCCUCCCGCUCUUCCGGCUCCCACAGGCGCCAGCUCUCAAAAGAACUGGGAAGGAGUCUGAAUUUUCCUCCGGACAGUCAGACAGAACAAGAGAAUCAGGGAGGCUGGCAGGGCUCCUCUGCCACACAGACUUACCUGCGUUGAUGCCCUCUUUGGGUUACUAAAAAGCCAGCGGCACUCCUGUAGCAUUCCCACGACUACCACCACAACCACUGCAACAACCCCCACCCCCGGCGUCAGUCCAAACUAUGACCUGCUAUUGGAGCCCUUUCCCUCACCCUCAGUGAGAGGCUGGGCAAUGGAUCUCACGAAACCUUGUGGAAGACCGAGAGCUAUGUCUAUGGAAAAAUCGUCCCACUUGCCUAGCAUUCCUGAGAUAGACACAGCUGACAAUCUCGAGGAUGAUGAGGCCUUCUUGCCCAAUGACUCCAGUAGUUCCCAGAUGCCAGCCAGGCAGAAUUUCUCCUCCUCUUCCUCCUCCUCCUCCUGCUCCUCCAGGUCACCCCACUCUCCUGUCUCGUUUGCUGUUCACUCCCCGACCUACCUCAUGAAGCUCAAGGUCAACAGGAGCAUCCAGGAUUUCGCUCGGAGAGCCAGGGGUUACUCAGGCUUUGAGGUGGAGAAUGGCCCAUCACCUGGACGCAGCCCACUGGAUUCCCAGGCCAGCCCAGGCCUGGUGCUUCACCCCAGCUUCCCACAGAGCCAGAGGCGCGAGUCCUUCCUAUACCGUUCGGACAGUGACUAUGACAUGUCACCAAAGACCAUGUCACGCAACUCCUCCAUUGCCAGUGAAGCGCACGCUGAAGACCUGAUAGUUACGCCAUUUGCCCAGGUCCUGGCAAGCUUGAGGAGCGUGCGUAAUAAUUUCUCCAUCCUGGCCAAUGUGCCCACUCCAACAUCUAAUAAGAGGUCACCCAUGGGCAGCCAGCCAAGCGUUUGCAAAGCCACCCUUUCAGAGGAGACAUACCAGCAGAUGGCCAGAGAGACCUUGGAAGAGCUUGACUGGUGCCUUGAUCAGCUGGAGACCAUCCAGACCUACCGCUCUGUCAGUGAGAUGGCAUCCAACAAGUUCAAAAGAAUGCUGAACCGUGAACUAACCCACCUCUCUGAAAUGAGCCGCUCUGGAAACCAGGUCUCUGAAUACAUUUCCAACACCUUCUUAGACAAGCAGAAUGAUGUGGAGAUCCCAUCCCCAACACAGAAAGAGCGGGAGAAGAAGAAGCGGCAGCAACCCAUGUGCCAGAUCAGUGGGGUCAAGAAACUCAUGCAUAGUUCCAGCCUGACCAAUUCCAGCAUUCCCCGCUUUGGGGUCAAAACUGACCAGGAAGAGCUGCUCAGUAAGGAACUGGAAUACCUGAACAAAUGGGGCCUUAAUAUUUUCCGGGUUGCUGAGUACUCUGUCAAUCGGUCGCUCAGCUGCAUCAUGUAUACGAUAUUCCAGGAAAGGGACUUGCUGAAAACUUUCAAGAUCCCCGUGGACACAUUAGUCACUUACAUCAUGACGCUAGAAGACCACUACCAUGCCGACGUGGCCUACCACAACAGCCUCCACGCUGCUGACGUCACACAGUCCACCCAUGUCCUCCUGUCCACGCCAGCCCUGGAUGCUGUCUUUACUGAUCUGGAGAUCCUGGCUGCAAUAUUUGCUGCUGCCAUUCACGACGUGGACCACCCUGGUGUCUCCAACCAGUUCUUGAUCAACACUAAUUCAGAGCUGGCGCUCAUGUACAACGAUGAGUCUGUGCUGGAGAACCAUCACCUGGCCGUGGGGUUCAAGCUGCUGCAGGAAGAGAACUGCGACAUCUUCCAGAACCUGACCAAGCGGCAGCGACAGACCUUGCGCAAGAUGGUUAUCGACAUGGUCCUGGCUACUGACAUGUCCAAACAUAUGAGUCUGUUGGCUGACCUGAAGACCAUGGUGGAAACCAAGAAGGUGACCAGCUCAGGGGUCCUACUGCUGGACAACUAUACUGACAGAAUACAGGUCCUGCGGAACAUGGUCCACUGUGCGGACUUGAGCAACCCCACCAAGCCUCUGGAGCUCUACCGGCAAUGGACAGACCGGAUCAUGGAGGAAUUCUUCAGGCAGGGUGACAAAGAACGGGAGCGGGGCAUGGAGAUCAGCCCCAUGUGCGACAAGCACACAGCCUCCGUGGAGAAGUCGCAGGUGGGAUUCAUUGACUACAUCGUACACCCGCUGUGGGAGACAUGGGCAGACCUGGUCCAUCCUGACGCACAAGAAAUUUUGGAUACCCUUGAGGACAACAGGGACUGGUACCACAGCAUGAUCCCCCAGAGCCCCUCCCCGCCUCCAGACGACGCAGAGAAGGAUGACGAAGCCUGCCUAGAGAAGUUCCAGUUUGAACUGACCUUGGAGGAGGAGGGUGAGGACUCGGAGCAGUCCGACAAGGACCACAGCAGCCCCGGUGACAACAGCUACUAUACAGCCGUGGAGGAGCCCCCGCAUGAGUCCCCAGAAGGGCAAGACAGACUGGCAGACGACACAGUGAAUGACACGUCCCCUGGCGCGUCAUGACUGUGGGGAAAGGGACCGGGGGGGGGGGAAGAAGCAAAACCACACGUACAACACACUUACGCGGAAGUUUUCACGAGGGAGGGGUGGGGAUAAAAGAAAAGAAGAAAAACUCAUUUUUUAUUUUUAUUGUAUUUUUUAUAAAAAGAAAAUCAACAACAAAAAAAGAGGGUUGGGGUGGGAAAAUUACACACAGCAACUGUAGAACCAGGCUGGCCCAGCAGGGGGCAGAAGCCUGCUGCUGCCGUGACCAGCCCGAGCACUCCAGAAAUAAUCUUUACCAUUAAUUUGCUUCCCUCCCCCUCCCUCCCCCUCCCUCCCUUUUCGUGUGGCUGGGUGGUCGUUCUGUUUUUUUUAUUAUUUUAUUUUGUUAAAUUUUAAAAGACUGGUGUAACCAGAAACAGGAGGAGGAGGGUGUCGGCAUGAAGCAUGUGUGUUGUAGUGGCAGAAGAAAAUCAGAUGGAUUUUUUAAAAAAUAAAUAGUAUUUAAAGCCAUUUGUAGUCAAGCAAAGCAGAAACAGCUGGACUUUAACACAAGAAGCUAGUGACAAUUUAAACCCCUGUGUUCAUACUGCUCCCUAGCUCUGGAGAUAACCCCUCCAGUUUUGGCUCGUAGACUGGUGCCUUUGUGACUGGUUUGGAAUCACUGGUCCUCCAGGUGUUGGUGAGAUCGCGCCUCUCAUCAUCCUUGACCACACUCCUUAUAGUAGCUGAGGCUGAUGAGGGUUAGAAUCCCAUUGCAUUUGAAGGUUCUCAGAUCCCCCACUUCUGCUUUAUUCCUUUGCCUAUCACAGCAUAGCCCUCCUGGAUGGAAAACAAGGCGUUCAAAGUUAGGAAAUGGUGGGUAGGUUGUUUAAUUUUGAUUUUUUAAAAGUUAUUUUUCGAAGGUAGCCCUAAUUUAUUUUUGUGCGUUUACAUAGAUUUGAUUUUAUUAUGGACUGAUGAGAAGAAAAGACUUUGCCUUUUUAUUCUGUUUUGUUCCUUCUUUCUGGAGCAGAAAUAUUUUUUUAAUACAGUUCGCAGGUGGGGAGGUGGGUUUCCCCCCCUUUUUUUUCUUUUUUUCUUUUUGCCUAUGAUGCCAUAUAAUUCUUCCAGAAGCAAGUGGAAGAAGACAUUACUUUCAAGCAAAACAGAAAACAAAAGGGAACAAGAUUUUUUUUAAAAAAAGCAAAACAUUUUGUCUGAGUUUCCAAAUAGCCAAGUCUUCCUCCGCUCAUCGUUUUGCACACAAAAAGGCAAUACAGCCACGAUGGCAUGGGUAGAAGGGGACAACUUGCUGAGACAGCUCCAGCCGGGGGGGGGGGCAGGUCCUCAGAUGCCAGGAUUUCUCUCCCAAGGAUGGGAAAGGGAGCAGCAGACAUGAGGAGAGGAAAGAACGGGGUGGGCUUGCAGCCUCCUUCACAGCCCAAAAGGCAAUGAAAAUGGCACUAAUUGUUUUUUUAGCACUAAUUUGCAAGUUACGUUCUUCAUCCGUGUCUCAAUGCAUCUGGCUUGUUAGUUGACAAAUACUUGAACUGCAGUAAGUCAUAAUUUCCUCUUGCAUGUCACAGGUUUUUGUCAACUAGACAAGGCACGUGUAUUCAUGUGCACAUAGACACACGCCAUGUCCACGCACAGGAAUUUUUCCACUGAAACAAGCAGAUUCUGUACAAACAAACCCCCCAAGUCUCUGUUUCUGUGCAAUGUGUUAUAAUGUGGCUGGAACACAUAGAUUGAUUUAUCAAGUUGA